AUGGCUGACCACAGCGCGCCAAAUUCGCCAACUUCCCCGACUACCCCGAUCAGUCCGAUUACUCCCACGACACCAGGAUAUGAAGUGCCUCGCGUUCCUUCUGUCAGCGGAAUUUCCUCGCGCAUGACCGACAUUGCCUCCGAAGAUGGCAUCUCGUCGCAACCGCCACCGUCCAGACGGGGUCCGCCUCCGGCGCGGUCGUCUGUGGGAAAUUCGACCAUGGCUCGCCCAGGCAGCUCGUCCAGCCGUUUGAGUCGGAUAAGCAGAACACAUGUUCCUUCUCUCACGCCUCAAGCUUUUUUCCGUCCGAUGAGCUCUCAGAGACUACAGGCCCAUCGUCGUCCCAGUCAAGCACUUUCCGGGACCGGAACCGUCGCGUCGGAAGACGUCGAAGACGAGGAGAAUUUGCAUCGGCGAAGUAUUGUUUCGAGCAGCACCCUUCGUCUGGGCGCUCAGGCUAUUGAUGCUGAAAUUCCUCCAUCACGUGGGACUGAAUUCACGGAUCCGAUUAUCCCCGACCGGAAUACGUCGAAUGCGAGCCCAACGGGGAACACAACAGUAAGGAGUCUCGGCGAAAGCGUCAGGCUGUUACAUGAGCGUGAAAGGAAACCAGCUCCGGAACAUCUGAACAUCAGCAAAGCAAUCAAUGCUCCUUCUGCACGCGAUCCGCCACAAAGGUCGCCAUUAUCCUUCAGAUCGGGCUUUCUUUCUUUACACGGCAAGAACGACGAAGGUUUGCGACCAGACAGUGUAGGCCACGAAAGAUUAUCUUCGGCCGCAUCUUCAUCACCUAAAUCAAUCAAAGGCCGUCCCCCAGUGCCUCCGGCAAACCUCGGCAAGAACUAUGAAUACUUUACUGGCAAUACUGUGUUCUGGGGUAGGGGUAGAUUUCAGAACUCCCGAGACAAGCCAGUAAACAUUGCAACUGGAAUUCUUGUCGCCCUUCCGUCUGCCUUGUUCUUUGCUUUUUCGGCGCCUUGGCUAUGGCAUCAUGUUUCACCAGCAAUCCCCAUCGUUUUUGGCUACGUAUUCUAUAUAUGUAUGUCGUCUUUUUUGCACGCCUCAGUCGUGGACCCUGGUAUACUCCCCCGAAAUUUACAUCCAAUGCCCACAGUAGACCCAUCGGCCGAUCCCUUGACCCUCGGGCCGCCGACGAACGACUGGGUGAUGAUCAAAUUGGCUACUUCCGAAGUCGCUGCUAUGGAUGUGCCGGUCAAAUAUUGCAAGACAUGCAACAUCUGGCGCCCUCCCCGAUGCUACCAUUGCCGAACAUGCGAUAACUGUGUCGAGACAUUGGACCACCACUGUGUGUGGUUAAACAACUGCGUCGGUCGCCGCAACUACCGCUACUUCUUUGCCUUUGUCAGCUCUGCGACAAUCUUGUCACUAUUUCUACUCGGAGCGUCUCUAGCCCACGUUCUCCUUUACCAACAUCGACAGGGUAUUUCAUUCAAAAGUGCGAUCGACCAUUUGAGAUUGCCAUUUGCGAUGGUUAUUUACGGAGCAGUCGCCGCUCCCUACCCAGCAUCUCUUUGGGCAUACCACCUCUUUCUGAUGGGCCGAGGAGAGACUACUCGCGAGUACCUCAACUCCCAAAAGUUCAAUAAAACAGAUCGCCAUCGCCCUUUCACCCAAGGCAACGCUCUAUGGAACUGGAUUGCGGUUCUCGGAAGGCCCCGUCCUCCUACCUAUUUGCAAUUCAAGCAACCUUACCACCAAGGCGAUCAACGGUUCGCGACACAGAAGCGCAAGUAUUUGCCCAAGGAUGUUGAGUCCCAGGCUGGAAUGGAGAUGCAGACUGUGCAGCCCACUCCUGCAUUAGAUGCUUCUCAUGCCGAAAAUUGA